AUGCACAGCACACCCUGGCAUGGCUACUGCGCGGGGGAUAGAAGGCAGCUGCGAAAGCACUGCUACGAGUCUUCCCCUCUGCCGCAGCAACAGCAGCAGGAAUUGGCCUUUGGAUUUUCUAGGGAUUCUCACGGAUGCUGCUCUCCCGUCGCAGCAGCACCUGCCACUGUCGCUGUUUCCGCCCCCUUGGGGAGCUCUUUCUCCCCUCAGAGGUUGCUGAGCGCUGCAGCCGCAACGCCGUCGGCUUCGACGGCUGCGCAAGCCGAUGCUGCUGCUGUCGACCUAUUGGGAGCCAGAACGGCAGCAGCAGCAGCCGCCGUGCCAGCAGCAGCAACGGAGGCUGCUGCAGCAUGAGUACCCCCCGCAGAUGCAUCCGCACGUGCUGCUGCAGCACGACCAGCAGCAACCGCAGCACUGCCACUUGGGGGUGUCCACUCUUCCGAUAGCGCAUGCAACACCCCAGCAGCUGCAGCACAGGUACCUGGCUCCCGACAGCUGCGUGCAGCAGCAGCAGCAGCAGCAGCAGCAACAGAUGCUGCCGAUGCCUCAGAGGCUGAGAGCGCGAACGAUCCAGCAGCAGGCGUCACUCUCAAGGCAGCCGAGCGAGGAACUGGUCAUGGCAGCCACGUGUUUGCUGCUGGGGGAGAAGACGCGGCGAACUGCGGGGGCGAGGAAAAGGAGCAGCAACUGAUGCCUGCCGACAGCACAGCAGGAGCAGCUUCAUUCGAUUCAAGCUGCCUCCGCUGCUAUCGCUGUGGUGCCUUGCAGCGGCUCCGCAGCGACAGCGAGGCGACUGGCGGGAAGCACCAACUGCAGCAGGAGCAGCAGCCAUCGCUGCCAGCUCAUAGAACAGAGCCUGCAGUGUGCUCCGGCAGGAGGACGGCGGCUUUGCUCUGUUCGGAGGCGAGCGUGCACGGUGUUCAAGCUGAUGCCGCUGCUGCUGUUGCCGUUGCUUCUGCUGCUGCUACCAAGGGGGCAGAAGGCGAACUGGUCUAUUCGGAGCGGCUUGCGGCGUGGCUAGCCUUGCCUAACAGCUCGCAAGCAGACGGCUGCCAAGGGCCUCCCAGCUGCGCACAGUUCAUCUUCGCAUUUCCAGUCGAGCCCUUUGGAGGUUCCGCUGCUGCGCGUGAAAGACAGCAGGCUGUUUUUCAGAAGGAGGCUCAAGACGCACUGCAGCCUCAGCAGCACUCCCAAGGAGGGGAGCUCCAAGAGCUGCACCAAACCAAGCAGCUGGAGGAGUGCUCCAACGAAGGGGCAGGUAGAAGCCACUGUAUGCAGCAGGAGCAGCAGCCGGCAGAGGAUGGCAGUCGGCUGUUGGGAAUUUCGGAUGCUUAUGAGGCUGAUGUUGAGGAUGUGGCUGUGCCUCGUUCUGCAGAGCCGCGUGGCGCUGCAUCCAGCGGGAGCACAGAGAGCAGCACUCCCGCUUCCAGUGUAGCGAGAGAGGACGCAUCAGGAGACUCUCUGGAGGAAGAAGCUUUGCUCUGCAUGAAAAGGAAAGCCGCCUCUCCCUGUGAAGGACCUGCUGCAAUCCGAAUGAAGAAGGGAGCUCUAGACACCGACGCCUCUGUUGUUGUUUUUAGCGGCACCUGCAGGGGCAGCAUGGCUGGUGAAGAUGUCAUUGACACAUCCGAGCAGCAAGGUCUGCAGGAGUCAAUGGACAAGCAGCAGCAACAGCAACAAGAGCAGGAUCCAUCUGGUGCUGGUUCGCCCUGGUACUCUCUGUGGGUGCAGGAGGAUCAGGAGGAAAGGGAUCAGUGUCAGGAGCAAGAGACUCAGCAAGAGCUCUCGCAUUCACCUCAAGCUCUACUACGGAUGCAGACACCUCCCGAAUGCGCGUUGGAUCAGCCACGGAUGAUAAUGACUGCGGCUACUACGGAGCCGUGCGGCUCUGCUUAG